GACAGCCGCUGACCGACAAGAGCAAAACCGACUCGGAAAACUUGGGCAAAAGCCUCGAUCGCGUGUGGCUAUCCGUGCAUCCGUUAAUGGCCCAGUGAAGCAGUCCUCUACUGUCAUCGUGGUUGGCCCCCACUAUGACUAAUCGGCGCUUGACGUCUUCUGUUCGGUUGCCUGUUCUUCAGUUUUCCGUGGGCAUUAUGUGCGGUUAAAUCAGGGGGUUGCUUCGACACUGAUUACUACUUAUAUAUUCAUACACACUUGACCGGUAACGCAUCGAAACUUAUGCAAUGGACACCGGCUUGGAAGCGGAGUUUUCUCGUUUCUGUUCCACGGUCAUCGAAGCAGUUGCGGAAAACUGGACCAGCACCAAUUGUUCGCAGCCAAACGGCUCACCAUUCCUCUGGCCUGUCGAAUUUUCCAGCUGCACGACCGAUUUUGAAAGGGUCAUCACCUUACUUCGAUUGCCUUCAGUGCGUCAGUUCUCUUUUAGUCCAGUUUCCGAGCAAAAUCAUUCGGGACUGAAAUCUGAUUCACGGUCCCAGGAACUGAGAGAACUAGGUAACAGUGCCUGGCGCACCAGCAAUGUUGCUGAUGCAUUGAAGCUAUAUACGGAAGCAAUUUUUUUUGCCGAAAGUGCCGAGAAGAAGGCUUUAGCUUUUGCAAACAGAUCAUGUGUCCUGGCUCGCUUAGGUGCAGAUUCAGCCGUACUGCAGGAUAUCGAACUGGCAUUUCACUAUGAUUACCCGAAAACCCAUCGAAGUCGACUGUUGGUCCGCCGGGCGGAGUCGUUUUUAAAACUAGGCCAGACAAAAGAGGCACAAGACGCGUUUAUUCAAGCCAAACAAUGUGUUAACCUUGAGGAGCCCGGCACGAGUGCCUUGAAGAAACUCAUUGACCAGGGUCUUGCCAAAUGUACUCACGUGUUGCAGUCAGGCGAUCCUCAUGUCAGCUCGACGUCUGGAUUACCAAUAUUCGUGCGCCAUCCUGAGCCACCAUAUCCGCCAACUUGUGUGAGAGCCGUAGUCCAAUCGGAUUCAGGACAAAGGACGCCGGAGAUUCGUGGUGUUCCUGACCCCAACAGUCCCAUUCCUUUUGAGGUAUGCCUUGGAGACAGUGGAAUUGGAUGGCAGGUGGUCGUAAAGAGAUCAGUCAAACCAGGGGAAUUGAUUCUGGUGGAUAAACCCUACGCACGUCGGAUUCACAAAGAUCGCGUCUACUCGCAUUGCUAUCAGUGCUUCCGUCGAUCGCUCAAUCUCCGACCAUGCCGAGGCUGUUCUGAGGUCGGAUUCUGUUCAUCUUCGUGUGAGGAAGCGGCCUGGAUGCCGGACUGGUCCUCUGAAAAUUCCACAAACUCGAUUCAGGGUCGACCUUGUCAUCGGUUUGAAUGUGGUCAAGUUCAUCGCAUUCAGUUGGAUGAUUAUGCUGGCUGGAAAUGGUUUCGGUCACAUGCCGCCUCGCCCGGCAGCAGCAGUAGCAACAGUAGUAGUGCACCGACUGCUAUUGGACGCUACUGCUCCGAACUCCUAAAGCUCCGUCAGGACGAUUGUGUCGGGGGUGCGAAGGUCUCUUGGCUUGCUUUUGCGUGCGUCGCACGCACAGCUCCCCACGUAAUUUAUGAUUUGGUCCAAUCCCGUGAACCGAACACCACGUCUCCGUUGUCGGCUUUCUCGGGUCUUCGACAAUUUCCUACUUCGGGCGUACAUCCGGACAAUUACUGUGCUGUUGGCUGGUUGGUGUCGAACUCUGACAAGCGGGAACUGAGCGACUUAUGGCAGCGAACAGUUGCUGCAGUGUUUCUUGGCCACUGUCUUUCGCAUGGUGGUUACCCACUCGAUUGGAGCGAGGGCUGCUUUCGAGAUCCUAUUCAGAAGCCAGGCAUGCCAUGCAGUCAGUUACUUCCUGCAUCGUGGGCUUGCGCUUGUCUCUUGCAUCACAUUCAAGCGGUCGCUUCCAAUGCACACACGUUCUCUGUUGAUGCUUACUUCAACCGGUCCGACUCUGAACCACAAGUUGAUUGUCCGAAUGGUUCACUUUCCGAAGGUGUAAUACUUACCGACAUUGUCCCAUUCUCCAUUGGAAGUGGGCUUUUCCCGUUGUUGUCUUUGGUCAAUCAUUCUUGCAACCCGAACGUGAAUCUGGUCUACAUGGCUGACGGUUCCUGUGGCCUGUUUGCGCUGCACGCCAUAGAGCGGAAUGAGGCACUUCUCAGUAACUAUGGCUAUCAUUAUGCUACUCAUCCACUUAAAGCACGUCGACGAUCACUACUUGAACAAUAUCAUUUCACUUGUCAGUGUGACGCCUGUGUGGGAGGCUGGUUUGGUGCUGGUGAGCUUAUAAACCUCCGCUGCUUGCAGUGUCGUCAAGCAAUCGUUUCAGAUUCUAACAGAAACAUCGCACGGCUGAACAGAGGAGCUUGUUCCUGCCUGUCGACGGUUCAACAGCAAUCCGUGCGCAAAUUUUCCCAGUUAAACCAAAUAUUUCGGGAUUUGACAGUUUCCAUCCCAGAAGACUAUCUUACAAGGCCAUUUCAUAAAGUCUCGCGAAAGUUGUUGAACAACCACAUUUCCCAAGUGGUCCGUUUGUUGGAUGUGGAUGCAUUCGAAGGCGUCCUAGUACGACCCUCCAUGCCUUUUGAUUAUCUUCAGGAGUUACUAAAAGUCCUCCUUGAUCUUCGUUAUGGCUGCUGUUUCAUGGAAACAAGCAAACUGCAAUACAGAGACGAAGAAGAAUGCAGUGCCUUUCAGUAGACAUUCCUCAUCCUUCACUCGACAAUUUCCCGCCGAUCUAUGUACUUCUUGUUGCUUUUGACCAAUGCGAACAUGACAAUUAGAAUUCUUUUU